GACAGACAGACAGACAGACAGACCCCGGAUGUAUGGCAGUGUGCCUAGAAGAUUUCUAGCUCCGACUACUUCUGGUUCUACUUCAAGAAAUCAAGCUAUCGGUGUUUGGAGAAGGCGUUAGUGGCUUUGGCCACUCUCGCGGCGCGCGUCGUUCCAUCUUGUUGUCGUUGGGACCCCUUUCCGGAAUGAACGCUUUUGUUCGAGUUUGGGUUGUGUUGUGUCUUAUUAUUUACGUGUCCAAGAUUCAUCCUUUGUCUACAGCCAACGUAUCGUCGUCAGAUUCUGCCGUCGCCUCAUCUGUCCACAUGAACACAUUUCGUCUUCUUCCUCAUUCAGUUUCUGUCGUUGCCUCUUUCGUUGCGUCUUCCUCUAUGAACGUCAGUCGUGUUGGGUCUCUUCCAACGGUGGCGCCUGAGUCUAAGAUGAUCGCAGCCUUACCUUGCCCUCACGGGAUUAGUGCGUCUUCUUCAGAUUCUGCCGUCACUUCCUCUGUCCACAUGUACACAUUUUCUGGAGUCACUCUCAUGCCUAUCUGCCUAACUUUGUCUUGACUGUGUAGCGUACGUUGGUACUUUGUGGUUGUAAGGAGUGUUCUUUUAAUCAUUAAUCUAUGUAUUAGUUGUAGUCUUUUGGGUUUUAGCUUGCGGACUCGAGUCUUUUAAACUUAGUGGCUACUAUAGUCUAUGUAUCGUAGUUCAUGUUUGAAAAUAUAAUACCUUUGACAGACA